ACAACUUGCCGCUCGCUUUCUUCUCUUUUCUUCAAAACCUCUUGACUCUCUCUCUCUCUCUCUGUCUCUCAUCGCUCCGAAACUCCGAUACGUUACACGAUACGGAGAAGUCGCGUAACGUAUCGUCGCGUUUCGGUGGAGGAAGAAGAAAAAGAGAAGAUCUGAAAUCGAUUGAUAGAUUUCCUGAUUUGAUUUCGUUUCCUCGUAUACAUUCUCCACCGUCCAAGAUUCGAAUCUCUCUCUCGAAUCCACCUGCAAGAAGAAGACAGCUUAUGAUAUCUGAAGAAGAAGAUCGUAACGGAUCCUUUUCCCGAUUCGUAUCAGAAGCGAAACUGUUACAGUUUCCAGCUUAAAAAGUAGGCGAAGAACGAAAGCGGUCUGUUCGAAUGCUGAUUCGAAACGAGAAGGGUUAGAAAGAAGAGCGCCGAGCUUUGGCGGGAAGAAGAUCGAGUUUCUCUCCGAUUGGGGAAAUGGCGGUAUCGGAACGGAUUGGAUUCUUCCGUUUUCUGUUGCUUCUUCAAUUAUCGUCUUUUGCCUCCGCGGCUUCCCCGACCGCUGACAUGGGUGCUUUGAUUUUGUUCAAAUCGUCGGUAGAGAGAGACCCGAACGGCGUAUUGCAGAAUUGGGAUGUGAAUUCUCCGAAUCCAUGUUCGUGGAAUGGAGUCGUCUGCUCGAGGCCGGACGAUCGGGUGGUCGGACUCGAUUUGAACAAUGGCGGCCUUGUCGGUCGACUCCGGAUUGCCGAUCUCAUGGCUUUGGAAAAUCUCGAGAACCUUAGCCUAAGAGGGAAUUCGUUCUACGGCAAUCUCUCCGGCAGCAGCAGCGGCAGCAGCAUAGCUUCUCUCCUCUGCAAGUUCCGUAUGGUGGAUCUUUCCCACAAUAACUUCUCGGAAUCGAUUCCAGAAGCGUUUCUGCUCUCUUGCGACCGUCUGAUCGCGCUCAACCUCUCUCACAAUUCAAUCCCCGGUAGGGUGUUUCCGUUCAGUCCGUCGCUCGUUAAGCUCGAUGUCUCUCGCAAUAAGAUUUCGGAUGCUGGGCUGUUGAACUACUCAAUUUCGAAUUGUGGGAAUUUGAAAUUUCUCAAUUUCUCUGAUAACAAGCUGACCGGCGGAUUGGGCAGCGUCUUUCAGUCUUGCCAGAAUCUCCAAGUUCUCGAUCUCUCAUACAAUCUGAUUGCCGGAGAGAUGUCAUUCAAUCCCAUUUCGGGUUUGCCGGCUUUGCUGAAACACCUGGACCUCUCUCACAACAACUUCUCGAGCAAAUUCUCCAAGCUCGAAUUCGGCCAGUGUAGCAAUCUCACGGUGCUCGAUCUGUCUUACAACUCGCUCUCAGGUGCUGGGUUCCCAUCAAGCAUCACAAAUUGCCGGCAGCUUGAGAAGCUUGACCUCACUAAUAACAUUCUCGAGAGCAAGGUUCCGUCGCUGUUGGGAAGUUUCGGCAAUAUACAGCAGCUGUUUCUUGGCAAGAACCUUUUUGGGGGGGAGAUUCCACCCGAAUUGGGCAAGACUUGUGGAACUCUUCGUGAGCUAAACCUCUCCACCAACAACAUCUCCGGCGGGAUUCCAUCGACAUUCCUCUCAUGCCCUUCUUUACAGACGCUUGAUCUCAGCAGGAAUCAGCUCUCCGGCGACUUCAUUGACACUGUCAUCAGCAGUUUUAUGUCGCUGAAAUACCUCUCCAUUGCUUUCAACAAUGUCACUGGAUCGAUUCCUAUGUCUCUUAGGAACUGUACUCAGUUGGAAGUGCUUGAUCUCAGCUCUAACGGUUUUACGGACAAUAUCCCAUCUGGGUUCUGCUCUUCUUUGAAUUCUCUGCAGAAAAUCGUUCUCGCCGGUAACUCCCUUUCUGGUUCAGUGCCUUCGGAGCUCGGAAACUGCAAGGGUCUGAGAACUGUCGAUCUCAGUUUCAAUGAUCUAAAUGGUUCGAUUCCUUUAGAAAUAUGGAGACUACCAGAGCUCACGAAUCUGGUUAUCUGGGCUAACAGUCUCGAUGGUGAAAUUCCAGAUAGCCUCUGCUCGAAUGGAGUUAGCUUACAGACUCUAAUUUUGAACAACAAUCGCAUCCCCGGUCCAAUUCCUCAUUCUCUCACCACUUGCAAGAAUCUGAUCUGGGUGUCGCUCGCCACUAACCAGCUCAUCGGAGGCAUCCCUGCUGAGAUAGGAAACCUCCAGAGCCUUGCAAUUCUUCAAUUGGGCAACAAUUCACUCACUGGGGAGAUUCCACUGGAGCUCGGUAACUGUCAAAACCUCAUCUGGCUCGAUCUUAACAGCAAUGAACUGACGGGCCCACUCCCUCCUGCACUCGCUGACCAGUCUGGGAAGAUCAUCCCCGGAGUUGUGUCUGGUAAGCAGUUUGCAUUCGUCAGGAAUGAGGGAGGGACAGCUUGCCGGGGUGCUGGGGGGCUGCUUGAAUUCGAGGGUAUCCGGGCAGAACGACUUGCUGCCCACCCCAUGCUACGUUCAUGCCCGUCCAUGAGGAUAUACACUGGGACAACAGUGUAUUCUUUUACCAGCAAUGGCAGCAUGAUCUACCUUGAUCUCUCCUACAAUUCACUGUCCGGGACAAUCCCAGACGACUUCGGAUCAAUGUCAUAUCUGCAAGUCCUGAAUUUGGGCCACAACGAGCUGAUGGGAGCCAUCCCAGAUAGCUUAGGAAGCCUAAAAGCGAUUGGAGUUCUUGAUCUCUCUCACAACAGUCUUGAAGGAUUCGUUCCUGGGUCAUUGGGGGCGCUUUCAUUCCUCAGUGAUUUUGACGUCUCCAACAACAACCUCACGGGUCCAAUCCCUUCCUCUGGUCAGCUGACAACGUUCCCGGCAUCAAGAUACGAGAACAAUUCUGGCCUCUGCGGAGUUCCAUUGCCUCCUUGCAGUUCAUUCCCCAGGUCCCAUUCUCCAAAUUCAAAUUCGGGAAGGAAAAAUCAGUCUAUGGCUGGGAGUGUUGUGAUCGGCAUCACAGUUGCUCUCCUCUUCAUUUUUGCACUCACGCUGGCCUUGUAUAGGAUGAACAAGCACCAGAAGAAGGAAGAACAGAAAGAGCAAUACAUUGAAAGCCUCCCGACCUCCGGCAAUAGCAGCUGGAAGUUGUCUGGCGCUCUCGAGCCUCUAAGCAUCAAUGUCGCAACAUUUGAGAAGCCGCUGAGGAAGCUGACCUUUGCCCACCUCCUCGAAGCUACCAAUGGCUUCAGUGCUGAGAGCCUGAUUGGGUCUGGUGGAUUCGGCGAUGUAUACAAGGCCCAUUUGAGCGAUGGGUGCACUGUCGCAAUCAAGAAGCUGGUCCAUGUAACGGGCCAGGGCGACAGGGAAUUCACCGCAGAAAUGGAGACGAUUGGGAAGAUCAAGCAUCGGAACCUUGUUCCUCUGUUGGGUUACUGCAAAAUCAGUGAGGAGAGGCUGCUUGUCUACGAGUACAUGAAAUGGGGGAGCUUAGAAACAGUUCUCCAUGACAGAAGUGUCAAAGGGGGGAGCUCAAAGCUCGACUGGGCCGCAAGGAAGAAGAUUGCAAUUGGGUCAGCGAGAGGGCUCGCUUUCCUUCACCACAGCUGCAUUCCUCAUAUAAUUCACCGAGACAUGAAAUCUAGCAAUGUCCUUCUGGAUGAGAAUUUAGAGGCCCGAGUGUCAGAUUUCGGAAUGGCCCGUUUAAUGAACGCCCUCGACACUCACUUGAGUGUAAGCACCCUCGCCGGGACUCCUGGAUAUGUCCCGCCAGAGUACUACCAGAGUUUCCGUUGCACAACAAAAGGCGAUGUUUACAGCUAUGGUGUCAUAUUGCUAGAGCUUCUUUCAGGGAAGAGACCGAUCGACCCAUCAGAAUUUGGAGACAGCAACCUGGUUGGAUGGGUGAAGCAGCUAGUAAGAGAGAAGAGAGCUAUCGAAAUAUUUGAUCCCGAGCUGACAGGGCAGAACUCUGGGGAGGCAGAGCUCUAUCAGUACCUAAAGAUUGCAUGUGAGUGCCUGGAUGAUCGGCCACUCAGGCGGCCCACCAUGAUCCAAGUGAUGGCCAUGUUCAAAGAGUUACAGAUCGACUCGGAUAGUGAUAUCCUUGAUGGGUUCUCAUUAAAACACGCUACAAUCGACGAAUUGAGAGAGAAAGAGCCUAGUUCGUGACGAUUCUCUAAUCUGUUCACUUGAAUCCGAUUAUGAUUUUGCUCGUCGUGAAUUUGGAGUAUUUAAUCAGGUUUAGGCAUUACACCUUUUAGCUUACUGUAAAUAGCACAGAUGAAAAUUGUAGAGGAUCCAUGCUUUCUGAAAGGAAAAGAGUCUUUGAUUGCUUCGUAAUCCAAAUUCCCUUUUCCUUUCCUUAUAUAAUGUCAUUGUACUACUAUUUCUUCUUUUC